CACGUUGCACGUCCACUGAAAACACGAAUGCAUUGCAAUGAAGUUUAAAUAAGAUGAAAAAGGAUUUGAUAUUAUGGUCCUAUUACGGGAUGCGACGGAGCAGCUGCAUGUAACAGCGGUAUACUCCACGAUACUGCGCUGUCAUUGUAAGAUUGUUGUAGUACACUUCCACACCGCCAGUGCUUCAGUUGGCACGUUUUGUGCUCCUGUCAUUUUGCGCUGGCUCUUGCUGCCGUGUAUGUGCGCUGUCUGUCGUUGUCUCGUGUCGUAUUUGGAAUCUGGUAUUCCCUCAUUUCGUAACCUUGAGUAUGGCAUUACCCUAACGUAUCACUUGUUGCCAUACCAUAGCAUCACACGUGUUAUUAAUAUUCACUGUAGAACAGCUUUCCAUUAAAGUAUGGUUCGCGAACUGCUGGUUAAUGGAUCGCCGAUGUUUAUCAAGAAGGGCCAUUUUAAGAAACAUUCGUUGAAACAGAUGACGGAAGGAAUUUUGAAUUGUAAUGAAUUCUCAUCGCAUACUUCUUAUUGAUUAAACUUGCCUCCAAGAAACGCAUGUCAAGUAUCAUUUAUAGAAUAAUAUAUAUACAUGAUAAACGUAAUAUGUCUAUAUGAUUGUUGUUAUACUAAUAAUACCUGAACGUAAUUUGAAAACUCCUUUAUAUAGUAACGAAAACUUUAGUCUGUAUGUCUAGAGGAUGGGAUUUUCCCCCUAAGAGACACCAACAGAAAUCCAUGCUGUCUUUCUAACACCAUAGACAUCGGCGUCUAAGAGAGGGAAAGCAAUCAGCUCUCCACUAAUACGAGGUUUGGAUAACAGCUGAUAAACUGAUAAGACUUGAGACGGCGGUGUAGCGCCGUGGUAGUGUUAAGGUGGAUCUGGUUUUGACACCAUCUCCAGGACGUCGACGUUCCGCGAGUUCUGGCCAAAUGACAACGCCGGGAAUCUGAGUGAUAUUGGCCCUUUUUCCCAUAAUGUGUGCGGGUAGACAGCGGCCUGAGGGACCGGGGGGAGAGGUGCCAGCUGGGAGGUUGUAAAGAAAGACAGGAGCAUGUACCGUUGCUCGCCUUCCGCUGGGUGUGUGAGUAGGAAAGCCGAUCCCCACUCCGUAGAAGGGCAAGAUGACGCUUCAUCUGUUGCUCAGAGAAAGAAUAAUGAACUUACAGGAUGUAGACCUAUCCCCGGGCAGAGUAAAUAUGCGGGUACUUCUGUGAUUCACAACCUGCCAAGCUCAGACUUACACGGAGAUCCUGUAUCGAGGGCCAGUCCGGAGACCAGCGGAGUGAGGAGGCUAAAUAGCCCCGGGAUUAAGGCUAGUGAUUCAUGCUUCUUUGACACCGACGAAAAGGGCAGUCCGGAUAUACGCGAAAGCAUUCACUGCGCGAAUCCCCACGUUCUGCUACGGAGGACGAAGGAGAGAAACGUGACCGAGAGUGACAGUGGCUUUGACAGCCCUCGGAGUGGCUACUCGUCCACCAGCUCCUUUGAUCUGCUGUUCACGCUUGGCACAGGGACCUCUCCCGGUCUUGACAGUCCUCCCGGUAAUCCGAAACCCAAAGUUCGGCACCCGGUCCUGACGCGAUACCAGAGACCCAGUUAUCAGAGAUUCGACUCCGACGACUGGACACCUAACCCGGGCGAAGGCAGGCAUGAAUGCGUAGACCAACCAGCCGGAGCCUCGGGGAAACCGACGCGAUGGGAUGAAAAGGAAUCGCGUAGGAGCAGCGAAGUGCCCGAUUCACCGGAGUCCUUCCCGGAUACGGCUCUCAAGGGCAGCGCAGGGAACACGCUCGAGAGGGCGCUGGCCAGGCCCUUCCUGCCUGAUCAGGCGCAGCAGCCGAUGGCCUUCGGAAGUCUCAAUCUGCAGAUGCGGGAGCUAGCCAUGGCGAUGAUAUCCCUCUACGGGUCGGACACGUUCAUAGACGUGGAGUCCUGCCAGGCACACCUACACGAGGAGCAUCUCAGGUGAAGUCGUGCUGGUGUGUGAUGGUGUGGGCAGCGGCCGCCCCCCGUGACAGGCGGGCGGGGGCUCGUCGCCCCCUCUGGCCAUUGCCGCCCCUGGCGACUCCCGUCUAUAGUAAGUGAUGAACCGCUCUACGGAGGGGCUCGACCAGAGCUCGCUCCACGCCCAUGCCCCGUGCCAAGUAGCGCCGUGGCGACAGGAGUCCCAGGAGGAGGAGAAUGGGGUCAUGCCCAUCGCCCCCGCCAGCCUCACCGCGCCGCACGACCCCGACCGCGAGAACACCGACGAUUCCGGCAUGGGCGCCGACCUGGAGUACGAGGAGCGGGGCGACGCCGGCGACGGCCGCGGCGAGAGGGAGCACAGCGUGGACGAGGACGGGGCGGUGCGGGGGCGCCGCACCAGCUCGGCCGGGAAGGAAAGGCAGCGCCGCCCCUCCUACACCUGCUACCAUGGCCCGCCUUUGCCGCGGAACGCGCCGCGGGUGGGCCGCCGCGCCCGCCCGCGCCCGCCGCGGGACCUGGACGUGCUGCAGCUGGCCGCGGGAGCGUCGAUCAUGCUCGCGCCCGUCA